AAACCACUGCUAUAGAAUAUUUAUUGUAGGAGGAGCAAUGUUGGUAUUUUGAUAGCAUCACAGUGCACAUUAGAUGUGGAAUAUAAUGCAUUUGUAUAAUAUUAAGGCAAUAGCCUAAUCUUUCUUUCUUUUUUUUUUCCCUCAGACCCUAAUUAGUAUUCACUAUACACCUACCUUACGACAAACCUUGCCCAGUGUCUUUGUCAUGCACAUGUAAAAUAAUGUAAAACCUACCCAGGGAACAUGCAAAUGCGCUUGUGAUGGCAUAAGUCUCUCUCUCUCUCUCUCUCUCUCACACACACACACACACACACGGCUGUCAGUGAUGUCAUUUGCCAGAAGGUGAAGAGGCAGACGAGGCAGGUGGAUGGAAGUGUGUUCCUGCUAAAGGCGUGUUGACAGCCACAUCGUUCAUGAUUUUUAGACACGCUUUCCACAGCUCAGAGGGACACCCAGCCUACACGAUGCGCCACAUUCAGACUGGCGGCUGCACGGAAAAUGGUGGCGCUUAAUUCAACGGCCGGCUGAUAACCACUCCUUUCAUUAUUUUCCCCUUUAUUCUGUAGCCUCUGGACUAGGGUAGCUAUUCGCGGCGUUUGAUCAUGAAUCCUGCAGAACAGACGGUUACAUGGCUCAUAACGCUCGGCGUUAUGGAGUCGCCGAAGAAGAGCGUGUCGGACCCGGCCGCGUUUCUGCAGUGCGCGCUGAAGGACGGAGUCGUGCUCUGCAGGCUGAUCGAGCGCCUGCGCCCCGGAACCACCGAGCAAGUUUUCCAGGAGCCCAAAAACGACAGCGAGUGUGUGAGCAACAUAAAGGAGUUCCUGAAAGGCUGCACUGCGUUUCGUGUUGAGCCGUUUGAGGCAAGUGACCUGCUGCAAGGCCAGAACUUCAACAAAGUUCUCACCACAUUGGUGGCACUGAACAAAGUGACUGCAGAUAUUGGCAUUGGCAGUGAUUCUGUAUGCACCCGUCACUCUACCGCUCAUCGCAUCAAGUCCUUUGAAUCUCUGGUCUCGCAGACCUCACUGGGCCGAUCGUCCAAGCUCCUCCAUAACCAGUUCCGAAGCCUGGAUAUGACCGAGAAUAGUAACACUCAGUUGGUGGUGAAAGCUCGCUUCAACUUCCAGCAGACCAAUGAGGAUGAGCUUUCCUUCACCAAGGGUGACAUCAUCACGGUCACCCGUAUGGAGGAGGGGGGAUGGUGGGAGGGCAACUUCAAUGGAAAGACUGGCUGGUUUCCGAGCAACUAUGUCAGAGAGGUCAAAGACAAACAAGUUUCCCCCAAAUCUGGAACACUUAAAAGCCCCCCUAAAGGUUUUGACACCACUGCCCUUAGCAAAACCUACUACAACCUGGUGCUACAGAACAUUUUAGAAACAGAGACGGAGUACUCAAAAGAGCUUCAGAAUCUUCUGACCAACUACCUGAGGCCACUUCAGAACACAGAAAAACUUAGCUCUGCAGACAUCACUGUCAUCAUGGGGAACCUGGAGGAAAUCAGCACCUUCCAACAAACUCUUGUCCAGUCACUAGAGGACUGCACUAAACUUCCAGAGCUGCAACAGAAAGUUGGGGGCUUUUUCUUAAACCUUAUGCCCAAAAUGAGAGCAUUGUAUACGGGUUACUGCUCAAACCAUCCAUCAGCUGUUAACAUUCUGACUGAUCACAGUGAAGAGCUAGGAGACUUCAUGGAGAGUAGAGGAGCAAGUUCUCCAGGCAUCCUCACACUGACCACAGGCCUUAGCAAACCGUUCAUGAGACUAGACAAAUACCCAACUUUACUGAAAGAACUGGAGAGACACAUGGAGGAGGGUCAUCCAGAUCGGCUUGAAAUUCAAAAGUGCAUGACCGCAUUCAAGAAUCUUUCUGCCCAGUGUCAGGAGGUGCGGAAACGGAAGGAGCUGGAGCUGCAAAUUCUCACAGAAUCCGUUCGUUUGUGGGAGGGUGAAGACAUCAAGACUUUUGGCUCUGUGAUCUACAUGAGCCAAGCCAUGGUACAGAACCAAGGCUGUGAGGAAAGGAAUGAACGUUACCUCAUGCUGUUCCCUCAUGUUCUGCUUAUCCUCUCGGCCAGCCCAAGGAUGAGUGGCUUCAUCUACCAGGGCAAGCUGCCUUUGAGUGGAAUGACAGUAACUCCUUUAGAGGACUGUGAAAGCCACAAAAAUGCUUUUGAGCUCUCCGGUUGCAUGUUUGAGAGGCUGCAGGUUAUCUGCUUUAAUAAGCACGAUCAACAGGAUUGGCUGGAGCACCUUAACCGUCAGACCAAACACACCACCAUGACGGCCUCAAGCAUGAAGCCACUCACAGUCCCUUGCCACACGCUCCCAUCCCACCCCCUAACCCCAUCCAGGCACGCAGAGAGCCGAGGCCUGACUGUGGCUCCUGCCUACCACACGCUCCCUCACUCCUCCUCUCAUGGAGCUCCACACAGCACUGUAAUGUGGGGGCCUCUGGAACCUCCCAAAACCCAGAAACCUUGGAGUCUGAGUUGCCUGAGGCCAGCACCCCCACUCAGACCAUCAGCUGCCCUCUGCUAUAAAGAGGAUCUCAGUAAAAGCCCCAAAAGUAUGAAGAAGCUGCUGCCCAAACGGAAACCUGAAAGGAAGCCGUCUGAUGAGGAGUUUGCGUUGAGGAAAAGUACCGUAGCACUGGAAGAGGAUGCUCAGAUCCUGAAAGUGAUUGAGGCGUACUGUACGAGUGCCAAAACCCGACAGACUCUCAACUCAACAUGGCAGGGCACUGAUCUGAUGCAUAACCACGUGUUGGAUCAGUCGAGCAUGGAGUGUAUGGGCCGUCGCAGCAGCAUCUCUCGUCCAGAGGGCAGCUCGGACCUUUCAGAGGACUCGGACUAUGACAGUAUAUGGACGGCUCACUCUUACAGGAUGGGGCCGGUUUCCCGACAGAGAAGAGACACUGCUCCAGCACUGAUACUGCCGGCGGAGGAGAAGAUAAUCCUGGAGGAGAUCAAAAGCAACGGACAGACUGUUAUAGAAGAGAAGAAUCUCAUGGAUGUUGUUUAUUCACUAAGACAUGAAGUCCAAGAACUUAAACAGGACGGUAAGAAAAUGAAACGAUCUCUGGAAGAGGAGCAGCGAGCUCGUAAAGAUCUGGAGAGAAUUGUACGGAAAGUUCUAAAGAAUAUGAAUGACCCAUCUUGGGAUGAGACCAAUUUGUGAGAUCAUGAGAGAGAGAGAGAGCAUCAUACAGGUUUGGUAGCAUUUGUGAGGAUUUCAAAUGUUAUAUUUCCAAUGAAUUUGGAACCAGCUCUGCUUAUAAAUUCACAUUAACACUCUCAGCUCUCAGCAUUAUCUUGUAAUUAGUUCACUUGCGUCUCACUGCAGUCUCUUAAGUUGACACGCAGAUGCUUUAUAUCGAGGAUCAACGUUGUGUGGCUAGAAGUUUGUGGACACCUGACCAUUCACACUCGUAUAUGCUAUUUGAACAGCCCAUUAUAAUAACUUUAAGAACAACUUCCACGCUUCUGUUAAGUCUUUCCACUAGAUUUUGGAGCAUGGCUUUGGGGAUUUACCCAUUCAGCCACAAGAGCAUUAGUGAGGUCAGGCACUGAUGUCUGGUGAGGAGGAUUGAUGCGCAGUCCGAGUGCCAAUUCAUCCCAAAGGUGUUCAGUGGGUUGAGGACACCGCUCUGUACAGGCCAUUGGAGUUCUUUCAUGCCAACAUCGGCAAACCGUGUCUUCAUGGAGCGCAAUUCGUGCACAGGAGCACUGUCAUGCUGGAUCAUGUUUGGUCCUCUUGGUUCCAGUGAAGAGAAAUUAAAACGCUCCAGUAUACAAACAAAGACAUCCUAUACAGUUGUGUGCUUCCAGCAUUGUGACAAAAGUUUGGGGAAGAACCACAUACGUGUGUGACAGUCAGGUGUCCACAAACCUUUGGCAAUAUAGUGUACUUUUUCAGCUCUGAACUUAAAAAAAAAAAAAAAAAAAAAAAAGAAGACCCAAAAUAUAAAUGAGUUAGCGGUAGCACAUCUCUAUUGCUGCAGCAUAUUUUAUUUAUGACCAAUGACUACAGUAAAUGCUUCUUAAAAUGAAUCCCUCUGGUAAUAUGUUUGCAACUAGUUAUUGACCAAUUGUGUUGGAAAUUGAGAUUUAAUUACAUUUGCACAAUUACUCUUUAACUUUUAAUACAAAUUCCAAAUAGUUGAUUUCAGGUCAUUACUCAGUGGAAUCAUGUAAAUUAACUAAUGGGUGUAAUUUUCUUCUAAGAACUACUUGGACCUUACAACUGACAUGACCGGUCAACUGUGUAAUUCUAGACGAACUCUUCCUGGGUUACUUCAGCCACUAUAAUGACGUAGGAAACCUCACUGAGGAUUGUACAUAGUACUGCUGUGCAUUGUUUUAACUGUAAACUUGUGUUGUAAACAUACUCCAUAUGUGUCAUUUGUAAAUAUUCCAGAGCUAUGGUACUUAUUCCAAACGUCCAAUUUUCUUCUCAUGGAAGUAAACCGUAUAACGACUAAUUCGGCUAGGUUUACAAACAAACUUUUCAAAAGUUACGCGUGUUUAUGUUAGGGUUUUUCAAAUAGUGUAGUAAAAAUGUUAGCAACCACUGUAUUACUAAAAGCCCUUGAAACACGAUUCUACACUACAUGUAGCUGCACUUAACUCUCAAGUCUCAAGACUCUUUAUGUAUGGACUGAUCUUUCUGUGAGUCCUCGAGCACCGAGGACCAUCAGGACAGGAAUGACCUCACUAAUACACUUUCAGUGUAUUUACUGAUGACCCUUAACCUCCACAUGACUCAUUGUCAUUGUAAAUUCUGUAAAUAAAGACGUUUUCUUAAGAGUUGUGAUUAUUUUGAAGAUUUCAUUGUACUCCUUUUUUUGCAUUUUUCUCUUUUUUUUUUUUUUUUUUUAAAUAGAAUAUGCUAUACUCCAGCAUAUAUUUAUUUUGUAAUUACAUUUUUAUUUUAUUUCAAUCAGGUGUCACUCUUGAGCCGCAAAGCGUACAGGCACGAGUGUAAAAGUAAUGCCAGAGUUUAAACCAGUGGAAUUUCUACACUUAGUUCAUGAAGGGGAGGCCAAUGAUGAGGAUGAUUUUGUGCCUUUGUCUCUUUUUCCCUGUACAACAGUGCAGGAUGAAGGUUGUGCAUACACUAGGACCUAUUACACUGACAAGGCAAUCUAGGCCCUUUGUGGGCGAUGAUUCUACUUCAUUGAUUUACAAUGGAAAGGAUAUAAUUUUGCUAGUGUUGGCAAAAAGCUCAAAUGUCAGCCUUUUCAGAAUGCCAGCAUUGCCUUGUUCGGGGAUGAAUGAGGAGAAAGUCACCUUUUGUCUCCUGUUAAAUAUUCCUGCAUAAAUACAAAGGGGCAUAAUGCCAUCCCGAUAAAAUGGAAGCCCUGAUUUAUCCCGAUUUAUCCUUUAGUGUAGAUAAAACCUGCAGAUAAAUGCCAGGUUGGCCUUUUCAAUUUUUUUUGUUCACUUCUAUUCUUUUGCAUUAAAAAAAAAACAAAAACGUAUUCAGUUCAGAUGACAGUGUCGUUGCUUUCAGUGGUGUGCUCGCAUUAUUCAUAAGACGACUGUCUCCUACACCAAAUAACAAGAAAAUUAUUAAAAAGGAAACAGCAUGAUGUGUUCACUUCCUUAUCUUCGCAAUGGAUCAUUUUUCUAGCUGUAGCGCUAGUCUUUAGCAUUAGCCUUGGUUUUAUUAAAGACUAAGGGUAUAGACUGAAGAGUAGACAGUCGAGAACAGUGCUAGUAACACCUGUAGAGUGUGAUGUUGCUCUGUUUGACUCCUAAGUUUCAGGUAUUAAUACCUCCACUGUUACUGACAGUGAACUAUAAUAGCUGUCUUUGAAGGUCUGAGUGAAAGGGACAGCAGGACUCUGUGGACAUUGAAUCAAUUAGCUUUUGACCAACCUAUACACACACUUGCACUCGCGCACACACACGCUUCUAAGACCCUGUCUUUUCCUUUCUUCCCCUGGGUCUAUUCAGUAGCUUGUGAUCAUUUAGAUUUGACAUGCAUUGUGGCUGAGCUUGUCUUCCUCUUUUGCUCUCUCCCUCUUUUGCUACUGUCUGUCAUUAAUUUCCAGGCUUUACAAUUUGCCAAAAAGAAAGAGAAAGGAGAGUGAGGGACGGAUGGAUGGAUAAGAGCUCAGUGUCCUUUUGAAAGGGUUUGUUAUUGCACAAAAAAACAGCCGCCCAAUAAUUUUUCGUCAAUGUUUAACUCUAAAAGCCUUUCCCCGUCAGCUUUGAAAAGAAGAGCAAUAAAGCCCUAUUGAAAAGGACUGAAUAAAAACAGUCCUCUGGGGCUUUGACCAAAGGGCUUCUUUUCCUCUGCCUCUAAUCAAAUAGGAACUGAAAUGAAUUAGUUUUCUUAUGAAAAUAGCCUUUGUUGGCGGGGAGGCCAGUAAUUCAUAAACAAUAAGCAGUGUCAUUGUGUGCAUAGUAAUAUAUUCAUGCCGUGGAGAGGCUAGAAGGCAGUACUAUGGCUCUGUGCAUGAGGAGAGAAGAGGGAUGGAUUACUCCUGGACUUUAUAAACAGCUUGCUCAGUGAGUGCUUCUCUUCACUUGUAAGCUCGUAGUCUUGUUAUCUCUUGAUUUCUUUUAAUAUUUUUCUUAUUUAUUUUUUUUUUUCCUUGCCCUCACAGUUUUUCUUUCUGUAUUUCUCUCCCCCCCCCCCACUUCUUAGAGAUUCAUUUUUUUUUUUGACAUUCCAGCAAUGUGUCUGUGAUCUGGAGCUUACGUUUAACUCUCCUCCCUCCCUUUCUUGGAGUCAGAAGACCAGUUUUUAUUAUUAUUAUUAUUAUUAUUAUUAUUAUUAUUAUUUUUUUUUAAACUUUACAUCUAAUUAAGUUGGAUGUAGUGCUGGAUUUGUCUCCUACAUGUUCAUCUGCCCUCCCUAGGAGAUACUAAUGGACUACUGCGACUACAGGAGGGGAAGGGGUGACUGGUGUCCUGAGGGAAUACCUGAUGCCUGUCAUCACAGAACAGGUGGAACGUCGGAAACAGGCAUUGUAUUCCAGAGGAUUCGAAAAAGGAAGCAAGAAGAUGGAUUUAAAACUUGAAGAUAUGUAUUUUCUAGUGCAGGGUGUUUUGUACUGGUACAUGAACACCUGAUGGGACUACUUGACAAAAAUGGGAGCAGUUAGUAGUUCUCUUCAUUAACAUCUUUAGACAAAAAGGAUUGCAAGUUAAUAGGAGCAAAACAGUUGCUGACAUCUGAGUCCGUUUGCUCAUCAACAGCUUUUUCUUUCCUUCUGCUACUUCAAGUCCAUGGAAUUAUGUGUCCUGUCAAAAUUCCCAUAUUGCUCAGGUAACAAGAAGCAUGAGGAAACCGAGUGGAAGUACGUCUAAGGAAAUGACACUUCUCUGUAUCUUUUGAUGUUACUCCUGAGACUGAUAUCAUCUGCAAGCUUUUUUUUUUUAAAAAACAAACAAAAAAAAAACCUAAUAUGGAGUAAUUUACACUUAGUUUUUGGUGCUGUAGAAAAGCCAGCUACUAGUGCAAACAUCAGCUUAAAAAUCUAGCUUUCUCCAUAAAGAAGAAAUAAGCUUUUCAGGACCAUUUCUGUGGUGGGAGUUGUUUUGAUUGAAAGUAAAUCUCCUUUGGAGCUCUGACAUGUCAUCAAUAAAUCAGCUAACAAGUAAGUGAGUGUGUUUCCUGUUCUUUGGGCUCGGGAUGAGAAUUGCUCGUUGUAGAAUGUAUUAAUUUUAGUGAACAUUUUGCUAAUGAUUCUUGUGAAUCGUUU